AAAUAAUAAAUACUCAUCAAUUCGCGAGAAAGCAAUAUUAAAUAUUAUAUAAUACCUGCGGCGGUGUUAGGGUUUUUCCUUUAGGUAUGGCUUGUUUUUGUGCUGCUGGUUCUGAUUUUGGUUCUGUUCCUGGUUCUGUUCCAAUCGUUUUUGAAUCACCAAUAGAGGAGAAACAGAAGCUCAAUGAAUAUGAUUGCAAGAAGGAUGUGAGGUUCGAUGAUUCUUUUGAUUAUGUCUCCGGUGAUGAUAGUGAUAGUGAUGGCGAAGAAAAGGAAGUUUUACACUAUGAAGAUGAGGAAGUCGAAUACGGUGAUGAUGGCUAUCACGAAAUCACCAGGAAAGAGUCCCACAUUUACAACGCAAGGGCUAAAGCCACCGAUGGCUUUUCUGUUCCGUACUUCCCCAAAGCCUUCGCAUUAUGUAUGAUAACGCCAGUUCGCGGACUCAGCAAGGAUAAGGAAACCCUCGAGAGGAUCAGCAACCACUCAAAGAGAGCUUUGCAAUCCUACAAUAAAGCAAAAGAGUCAGAUUAUGAGUUUGUGAGGGUUAUCAAGGCAAAUACAGAGAUCCUUACUGGUAUUCUUUAUUAUAUAACCUUUGAGGCAAAGGAUGGUAAAAGUGGCGAGCCUCAAAUCUUUCAAGCUAAAGUGUUGAGGGGAAUUACAGAUGUAGAGGUCCUCUCUUGUAUCCCUAAACGCGCUAUUGUAUGAAGGUAAAAUUAAUUUUCCAAAAUUGAUAACAAUUCCACUUUGAUUUACUUACUAAACUUGGGGACUUUAAUGAGCUUUUGGUGUAGAAUCACAUAACUUGCUUUGUAGCUAUUGCAUUGAUAGUUGAGCUUACCGGUACCAAUAAAUCAGGCAACUGAGUCCACUUUAAUUUUGUAAUCAUUGUUGUGUUUAGUGGUGCAUUAGGCUUGGUUACCCAUGUGAGAGAGAGAGAGAAUGGAGAAUUUUAUUUGAAUACAUAAUUUCACCGCCAAAUUGACCACUGACACUAAUAAUUUACCAUAAUUGUAACCCCAUAUCAACCUUCAAACCAGUAGCGAAGGCAUCGUUGCUGCUUCCAUCAGUCCACGGUUGUUGUUCGUUGUUGGUCCCCAAAACCCAAGCGAAGAGCCCUAUAGUCACACAGCCACCGAUAUUCGCACAUUAACCGCUAACAUCAAAACAUUCUCACCAUAGGGUGGCUGUGAAUAUAGCCCACAUGCUAGUUGGCCCAAACUAGUCUUACCUUUGAAUGUAGUUCACAUGCUACUUGGUUGCCUUUGGAUAUAUGAUAAAUGUGACUCACCGUAGGGUGACAACUCCGAGUCUUGUAUUAGUAACUCAUUAUGUCAACCAAUAAUAGAAGGCAUGGGAAACAUCCUUGUUUCAACAUAUCAAAUGAUAUUUUUUUCAUUUUUGACAUUAUGUGUUACCUACCAACAGUAGAACACAUUACUUAGAAAGGUUUUUGGGUCUUGCAAUUGUUCUUUCUUUCUACUUGGAAAACACUUCAAUAUGUUACUUAUAAAUAAAUAUCAAUCAAUCUCUAUUUAAAAGAAAGAACACAACACUACUUAGCAAAGAAAAAAAAAAAAAAUAAAUAAAAGAAAAGAAA